GCACGCUCCUGAGAUGGGACAGGAGAACAGCAAACCCCAGCCUGGGGACCUGAUCGAGAUCGACAGGCCAUUUCAUCAGCACUGGGCCCUCUACAUGGGGGAUGGAUAUGUCAUCCACUUGACACCUGUAGGUAAACAGAAGUUAAAACUGGGAGCCCAUGAGGAUCCAGUACUCACCAGACUGGUGAAGAAGCAGCGUCUGAAGAAGGUGGUGCGACUUAAUAAGUGGCGUGUCAACAACAAAUCUGAUGAGUCCCAAAAGCCUCUGCCAGUGAAAGAGAUCAUCUCUCGUGCUGCAGUGUAUAUGGGCAAGGUGAUGAAAUAUCGUUCAAUUGGUAGGAACUGUGAGCAUUUUGUGAAAAAACUCCGCUAUGGAGAAGCAGUCUCUGAGCAGCACAUGGCAUUUGUAGGUAGAAAAUUGCGCAUUCUUGAUAUGAGAGAUAAUGAGGAAUGCCCAAAGCCUGGGGACCUGAUUGAGAUCAAACGGGUACAUUAUGAUCACUGGGCCCUCUACGUGGGUGAUGGAUAUGUCAUCCAUGUGACACCUGUAGAUGAAGGAGUCCCAUCCAUGUCAGCUGGCAAUGAGACUGUACUCAUCGUAAAGGUUGUAAAGGAGCUUCUGAAGGAGGUGAUUGGAAAUGAUGCCUGGGCUGUCAACAACAAGUAUGACCAGUACCGCCAUCCUCUGCCCAUGGAGGAGAUCAUCCAGCAUGCUGAGGGUUGCAUUGGCAAGGAGAUGGCAUACGAUAUGUUUGACUUCAAAGCUGACGAUUUUGUGACAAAACUCCGCUAUGGUGGCCAGGUGUGGGUUUUUUCAGAUGGUGAAAUGUGCAUUCCUGAUAUGAGAGAUGAUGAGGAGUACCCAAAGCCUGGAGACCUGAUUGAGAUCAAACGAGGACAUUAUGAUCACUGGGCCCUCUACGUAGGAGAUGGAUAUGUCAUCCAUGUGACACCUGUAGAUGAUGGAGGCCCAUCCCUAUCAGCCAAAAGUGGGACAAUACUGAUUAUAAAGGUUGUGAAGGAGCUCCUGAAAGAGGUGGUUGGAAAUGAUUCCUGGACUGUCAACAACAAAUAUGACAGUUGCUGCCCUCCUGUACCCAUGGAGGAGAUCAUCUGGCGUGCUGAGCGUUGCAUUGGCGAGGAGAUAGCAUAUGAUGUGUUUGACUUCAAAGCUGAUGAUUUUGUGACAAAACUCCGCUAUGGUGGCCAGCAGAAGGCUUUUAUAGCUGGUGAGUCAUACAUUCUUGAUAUGAGAAAUGACAAGGAAUACCCCAUCCCUGGGGAUCUGAUUGAGAUCGACCGGCCACUUUACCAGCACUGGGCCCUGUAUGUGGGGAAUGGUUAUGUCAUCCAUGUGACACCUAUAGGUGAAAAUUCUCCGCCUGCAUCGCAUGCCAGUGUGACAUUACUUACUAAAAAGGCGAAGGUGAAGAAAGAGCUCCUGGAGGAGGCUUCUAAAAAGGAUAACUGGCGUGUCAAUAACAAGUAUGACCUCUAUCGCAAGCCUUUCCCUGUGGAGGAGAUCAUCCGGCGUGCUGAGCGCCAAAUUGACAGGGUUGUGCUCUAUUUUUUGUUCUACAAGAAUUGUGAGCACUUUGUGACAGAGCUCCGCUAUGGAGAGGGAGUCUCUGAGCAGGCCAUGACAGCACUUGCAAAGAUCCGUUCCACAAUUGGUACAGUGUUGGCUGGGGUAGGAGCUGCUGGUGUUUCUGGUCUGGCUGGUCUUAUUUCUCCACCUGUUCUUCCUGUUGUGGCUGCUAAUUGUGUUACUGCUUUUUCCGCUAUCCUUUCGAUGAAUCCCUUCAUUCUAGAAAAAUUCAUAAAGGCAAAGAUCUAUAUACUACAACAGAGGUGCUGUUAGAAAGAGCUCAAGGAAGGCAUGGAAUCACUGGUCACUGCCCAGCUUCUGCCACAAAUAUAAUGAAGACUUACUAGAAGUUACUGUGAUAAUGAAGUCAAAGGCGUAUUAAAAUGUAAAUAUCCAAACUCA